AUGGAGGCAGCACAGGCAGACUUUCUGAAGGUAACUCAAGAAAAUGACGUUCUCCGCUCUUCAGAGUCAGCCUUGCUCCAACAGCUGAAAGAACUUCAAGCUGACAAAGAUGCCAUGGAUGUGGUAUGUCAGAAACGUAUCAAGGAAUGGGAAGAACUGGAGAACUACCAGAAGAAACUUUUGGAAGAGAAAGAUGCACUUAUUAAAGAUAAAGUUGAUGUUAUUCAGAAGCUGGAAAAUUCUUCUGCAGCCCUGACCAGAGAAGUGUCAGCUCUGACUGCAGAGAGGGAUUCAGCCCUAAGUAAACACUCAGAUCUUGAAAAUACACAUACAGCCUUAAAAAAAGAAAUGAGUGGUCUGUUGCAGACAAGUCAGAGUCUGCAGUCCGAGAAGGAGAUGCUCCUUAUAAGCAUGGGGGAGCUGCGUGUGAGCUUGGACAACACGGUUAGCGAAAACCAAGCAUUAAAAGUGAGAAUGGAAGGGAUGGAAACAGAGCUCGAGGCUGAACAGAAGGAACUGAAGAAGGCAAUGAAAGACAAUAUGGAGCUGAAGGAUUCCCUUGCUAGUCUGUCUCAUCAUCUUGAGGAAAUUAGAGCCUCAAGAGACAGAUCCAAUUCCGAAUGUAUUCAGUUACUUCAAGAGAAAGAGGCGCUUUCUUCAUCAGAACGAAGGCUUUUGGCUGAAAGGGAGGAACUUUUAAAUGAAAAUAAGGCAAUUACUGAAAAGCUUGCUAAAGCCACAGCAGAUGCUGUACUUGCUGAGAGAGUCUUUACUGAGAAAAUAAACGAACUAAACUUAGAAAAGGAAUCUGUUUUUCAUAGAUCAUUGCAAUUUGAAAAGCACAAUGAAGCUCUUCUCCAAGAGAAGAAGGAAUUGGAGAACAAAUACUUGGAGCUUCUUGAUGAAAACAAGUUAUCUGCAAAUACAAUUUCUGAUAUGAAAAGAGAACAUGAACUGGACAUCUCAGCCAAAAGAGCUCUGGCCCAAGAGAAUACCAUGCUGCAAGAUUCCAUUGAAUCCCUUAAGGAAGAACUAAGUAAGAAGACACUAGAAAAUCAAGACCUAAUAGCCUGUAAACGUGACCUUUCAGAUCUUCUGAAAGAGGCCCAGGAUGCCAAAAGAACAUUAGAAAAUGAACUGGCUGCUGCAUCUCAUGCCGAGCAGGUCCUGUCAUCUUCACUGAAGACCUGUUCUUCUGAUAGGGAAAUGCUGACCAGAGAGAAGACUGAAUUGCAAGAUAAGUGUCAGAAAUUAAAUGAAGAGGUCGCGGUUAUGAAAGAAAAGUUAACCACAGAAAAGGAAGCUAGACAACUGGACAAGGAAUCAUUUUUCUUGGAACGUAUGGAACUUCAAAGCAGCAUCACCUCCUUAGAGAAGGAGGUUGAAGAGCUGAGAGAGAAAAAUAAAGAAUUCCUGACUGAGAAAGAACUUUUAAUUCAAGAGAAAGAGAAAUCUGAA